UUUCUUCCGAACGGUACCGAGAAUAAGAUCAAGUAGCUGUCUUUUGAGGGGGGAAAUGGAUCCUUGGGCAGUUCACUUGAAGAACGCAAACCCUGUGAAUCCUUUUUCCUCUGCUUCUUUGUUGUCGAAGAGGAAUUCGACUCCUGAAAGACUCAAUUCUUUUAAGAUUUCGAAAUUUGGAGUCUUUCAAAUCAGGGUUUCAAGGAUAUGCCUUCCUUCAUCUGCCCAUCGUUCUUUCACCGUUAAAUCUAUGGCCAAGAACAGUAAUCACGACAAUUCAUCUUCCUCUUCCUCAUCUUCCGGAAAUGGUGAUCAACCUAUUCCUGAUCGAGACAGUUCAAGAAUAAAUAAGUCUUCAGACAGCAAUAAAUCUGAGGAUGAUGCUUCUCAGAAGUCUCAUGAUGUAAACACGAACUGGAGAGAGUUCAGAGCAAUGCUAUAUAAUAACUACCAGGUGGCGAAGAAAAGGCAGAUUCCGAUGGUCAAGGUGAGACACCUCAUGUGUCGAAACCUCUUUGCCUGAAAUGGGCACACCCACUUUCAGUGCCUGAUUGCUACUGAGAAGCUUGAUGGAGUUCGCUCGUUUGAACGAACGGUAGUUCUCCUUCUGAGAUCAGGAACCAGACAUCCACAAGAAGGGCCAU